AUGCCAGUAAAUCCUGAACCACAGGAUCUUGAGGCGAUGUUCGCAAGGACAAAGGCAUAUCUCAUGUGCGCGAAUAAGGACGGUGUGAGUGUUUAUGAUCAGCUAACACGGAUGAUGGAGCAACUGCUGGACCAAAACCCACACGACAUCGCCAACAACCCAUCUAAGUUUAAUGAUAUGUUCACUCUUCUGCAAAAACACAGUUUUGUAGAUGGUGAAAGCACUGAGGCAUGCAACGAACCGUGCCCCGUCCCUCCAUCGGAGCUGUCUCGCCUCGCGGAGAACGAGCGGCUGUUUGAACGUGCACCACCGGAAAUCCAGACUACCAUAGAACAGCCCGAUCCCUACACGACGAUAACAACAACACGCGUUGUGCCGCGCACAGCACCCUCGUAUGAUUCAGUUGAGCAAAACAACCUUUACUGGUGUUGGGCAGGAUGUGGUAUGGCUGAAGAGGAAGCAUUCCUGUUGGACAGGUCCAUUACUCUUUUGGCGAUGGAAAAGAACCUUGAAGAGGUUCGUUUUGUUGGGAAAAUAUUUGGUACGCAAGGAAACUAUUAUGUUGUUUCAAGUCGCCGCUAUGUGCAAGAGGGUGAGAAAAUAUACAAAGAGGUUAACACGAUGCCCCGGCCCGCGAGACGGAGUUUGGAGGUCCCAGUACAGCCAGAACCCGGUUUCGUUGGUGUGAAUCGUCUUUCAUUUUGGGUGACAUCAAACCCCGCCGCCCAGUGGACUCUACUUCCAGACGUCACACCGCAACAAAUAUGUGCGGGUCGACGUAUUAAGCGUCUUUUUAGCGGGAAUCUCAAUGCACCUGUUGUGUGUAGUCCCCCCUUUGAAUGGAACGAGUCCGUUUACCUUCGCGUUCAGCUUAGCCGUAUAGUCAGUGGCACGUACAUAUCUCCUCUUGGGGCUCUGGAAGAGCCUGAUGAGGACAACGAGGAGGACGAAGACGAAGAUGAGGAGGAAACUCUAAGUAAACCAAAGGAGGCGAAAUAUCGCCCUCUCACGCAGGUGGUGAGGGGGUUUGCCACCGAAGAGGAGAGUGAUGUAACGCAGUGGGCGAAGCUUGACCAGUGGGUUCAUUCUGAAGGUUAUAUUUAUGAGAAUGGCCGGCAGACCAAGGUUCCAGAGAAACUGGAGGAAGAGGAAGAGGAAGAGGAGUUCCAAAAGAUGGAAGAUGAAGAAGAGGAGGAGGAAGUUGAGCAGCAGGAAGAAGAGGAAAGAGAGCUGUUUACCCCUAUCCAAUCCGAUUAUCUCUACGCAGUAGUUAAUGUUCCGGAAGCACCAGUUAUUGAUGAUGAGGAAGAGGAGGAAGAGGAUGAGUACGAACCGGAAGAGGUCGCAGAACCACCGGAGGAGGAAACCGACGACCUUCCUCCAAAACCUCUAACGGAUGACGAGGUGCCAGACGACGACCCAACUAGGGUGAAGAUCGCGGCGUGGACGGUGCGGACUGUAAACAACAACAGCAAAAUGCACCGUGUGGUAGUCAUGAAAUCGUUGCGGUGGCCGGGCGCCAUUGCUUUCGCGGCAGAAGGUGGUAAGAGAUGGGGCUGUGUUUACUUUGGGAAUGGUCUAAAGAAGACAGAUUUUGCUUUCACACCAACGCUCGCUCCGCCGGUGCUUUUAGAAUGUGCUGACAUUACCGAGGUUGAUGAUCCGACACCUACAAUGGAGAAGCUCGCCCGCCGCGGCGAGGACCUGCCGGAACCAGAUUCUGAGGAUCCAGCUGAGGAAGAGGAAGAAGAAAUGUAA